CGGGGGUAUUUUGUAGAAAUGGAUCUACGUCUCCUGCUGCUAAUCGUAGGAUCUCUAUUGAUUGUGGAAUCAAAGAGAGACAAUGAACUCUACUGUGCAGUUUGCAGGGCAUUAGCUGAUGAAGUUAACCACAGUAUUUCCUCAGUCAACUCCAAACAGAAAGUUCAAGUUGGCAGCUUCAGAGUGGACUCCAAAGGAAACCAGAAAAUUAUGGAGGUACCCUAUGCAAGAUCUGAGGUUCAUCUUACAGAGGUUUUUGAGACAAUUUGUGAAAAAUUCAGGCAGUAUGGGAAUACAAAAAAUGAGAUAGGAAAGAGAAGUAUAGUAAGAAUGGUUUCCAGGGAUGGCAAACCUUUGGUGCUCAAAGACAUACAGAUUACAAUGGAGGGGAUGAAACUAUUAACACAUACGUGUGAGACAAUAGCGGAGGAAUAUGAAGACCAGAUAAUCCGAGCCUUUCGAGAUGGAGAACUUCCAGAAGUGGAAAAGAAAGUGUGUGGAGAAAUUGCAGAAUACUGCUCUGAGGAAGAUCUGAACACCCCUAUGCCAGAACCGGGUCCAGUACAGGAAUCUCAGAAAGUGGAAGAUAAAGAGAAGGAGGAGGAGGAAAAUGAAGAUGAAACAGAUGAAGGCAUUGAAGAGGAGGAGGCAGAGGAAGUUGUGAAGGACUCUGACAAGAAAGAGGAAUUAUGAUGAAAAUUAUAAAUCUCUAGAAGAGUUGUCUUUCCUGUAAGGAUUCCAUAUUGCUCUCUUUCAAUGUGAUUUCCUUUUUUUAUUUUAUUUUUUUCUUCAAAUUUUCAAAGGCAUGUUCAAAGUAGACAUAAUUAUAUGAGUAUAUUAAUACACGCCAUAGAUGAAUUGAUACUAUGUCACAAAGGGGUAUUAAGAAGGAUACAUCAACUAAAUUGGAAACAAAUUUCAGAUACAUGUAUAAAUAUGUCAUUAAGCUCCUUUUAUCGGUCAUCUACAUCAUAACAUGCAUGUUUUACUGCACAGAUGCCCCCUUUUCUAAUGAUAAUGUACAAUGCAAUCCAAAAUUAAAGAAGUUGUUUUAAUUGGGAUGAUUUAAAAGGGAACUUUAAAGAGCAUUAGGAAAAGGAUGGGUAAUUUUAAUUUCUGGUUAAACACUUAUUUUCAAAGCUUUUUAUGAAAUUUACAACAUAAGGCCUUUUUUGAAAUUUUGUAACAAACCUAGAAUCUUAGACAAUGAAGUAUAGAAUGGGCAGAUGUUAACUGAACUGAGUUUCGAUAAUUUACAUGUAUAAUUUUUAAAGUAUAUAUUAAAGUUCAGAUCACAUUUGGUAAAAAAAUUUCACUGUAUUAUGUUAUGGUUGGAUUUUGGAGGUGUAUUUGCUUUCACUUGAAAUCAACUUGAUCAUCGUUAUCAUUUUUGUAAUUCAGUUAAUGACAAUUAAUGUGUACAUUUCAUGAGGAUGAAUGAGAAAGUGAGUUGCCUGAUUUUUCAAAUUCAUUUGAUAUAUUUUAUUUUGAAUGAUUGUGUUCAAGGAAUAUAUGUUAACAUUUCAUUUAAAAGUUACAAUUGUCUCUUGAUUUUCUACUAUAUAGCUUUAUGUACAGUGUACUUGAAUUUCUUCGACACAGCUCUUCAAAUGUAUUUAAAUCACUAGCAUAUACCUUUUUGUUACUGCACUCAGAUUUUACAAGUGAUUAAAUGUAUGUGAUGUACAUGUAUAUGUACAUUUAAUUAUUUAUGCUUGUAGAUUGAAUUCUUGGUUCAAGGCUUUUAUUUUAUAUUGGGCAUUUUGUAGGGUACGUGUUUAUUUAAAUUGUGAAACUAAUGUUAUUUUUUAAGUGAUUCUAUAUGAAGUCCUAUUUUCU